GGAAGAUACUAGAGAGGUCAAUUGCGAUUAAUUCUCAGAAUCCAAUCGGCAUAUCUAAUUAACCACACAGCGUCAUUUCAUUCCCUCUGAUCAAUCUCCAUCUGCAAAAGAUGGCAGACGUGGUUCGCUGGUUCAAGCUGAUGAAUAUGAUUUUGCUGAUGUUGUGUUUCGCCAGCCUGAAUCACGUCGACGUUUUGGCUCACGUUCAUCAUGUAAUCGGGGAGCAGCCACUGUCUAAGAUUUCCAUUCACAAGGCCACUUUUGCGCUCGACAUUCGCGCGACCAUUAAAGCAAACCCUUCUUUGCUUGGCCUCAAGGGUGACGAUACAGAAUGGGUGACUAUAGAACUCAAUGCCCCUAAUCCAUCUGAAGAUGAUUGGGUGGGAGUAUUUUCUCCUGCAAAUUUCAAUUCAGCUACCUGUCCCCCGGAGAACGGAGAGUGGAUCGAAGCACCAUUCAUAUGCACGGCCCCAAUAAAGUACAAGUAUGCCAAUGACUCCAACCCAAACUAUACAACAACAGGGAAAGCUGUCUUGAAGUUCCAGCUGAUCAAUCAACGUGCAGAUUUCUCAUUUGCAUUAUUUUCCGGUGGACUUUCAAAUCCUAGACUUGUGUCAGUUUCCAAUUACAUAUCAUUUGUCAAUCCUAAAGCGCCUGUCUAUCCACGCCUUGCACAAGGGAGAUCUUGGGAUGAAAUGACGGUUACCUGGACGAGUGGAUAUGACAUAGAUGAAGCUGUACCCUUUGUUCAGUGGGGACCUGAGGGAGGAAAGAAAACGCGAUCUCCUGCUGGAACAUUGACUUUCACUCGCAACAGCAUGUGCGGUCCACCCGCACGGACUGUUGGCUGGCGUGACCCUGGUUUUAUUCACACAAGUUUCCUUAAAGAUCUGUGGCCAAAUUUUGUGUACACUUACAGAUUGGGGCAUUUGCUUUCUAAUGGAUCUUAUAUCUGGAGCAAGCUUUACUCGUUCAGGGCAUCACCAUUUCCUGGACAGAACUCAUUGCAGCGUGUCAUCAUAUUUGGUGACAUGGGGAAGGCUGAACGUGAUGGUUCAAACGAAUACGCUAAUUACCAACCUGGUUCACUGAACACUACUGACCAGCUCAUCAAGGAUUUGGAUAAUUAUGAAUUUGUUUUCCACAUUGGGGACAUGCCAUAUGCAAAUGGAUACAUCUCACAGUGGGACCAAUUCACAGCUCAAGUGGCACCAAUUUCAUCCGCGGUGCCAUAUAUGGUCGCAAGUGGAAAUCAUGAACGUGAUUGGCCAAACUCAGGAUCCUUUUAUGAUACUGACGAUUCAGGAGGAGAAUGCGGUGUGCCGGCAGAAACCAUGUAUUAUGUGCCUGCUGAGAACAGAGCCAAAUUUUGGUACAAAGUAGAUUACGGUAUGUUUAGGUUCUGUAUAGCUGAUAGUGAGCAUGACUGGAGACAAGGAUCAGAGCAAUACAAAUUUAUUGAGCAUUGCCUUGCAACAGUAGAUAGGCGAAAGCAGCCAUGGUUGAUCUUUUCUGCUCAUCGUGUGCUUGGGUAUUCCUCCAAUAGUUGGUAUGGCUUGGAAGGCUCAUUCGAAGAGCCCAUGGGAAGGGAAAGCUUGCAGGGUCUCUGGCAAAAGUACAAAGUAGACAUUGCAUUUUAUGGCCACGUCCAUAACUAUGAAAGAUCAUGCCCCAUCUAUCAGAAUCAAUGUGUGAAUUCUGAGAAGUCCCAUUAUUCUGGUACGGUGUAUGGAACAAUUCAUGUUGUUGUUGGAGGAGGGGGAAGCCACCUGUCAGCCUUCACCAAUAUGACCCCUAAUUGGAGUAUUUACAGAGAUCAUGACUUUGGGUAUGGCAAAUUGACAGCGUUCAAUCACUCAUACCUUCUAUGGGAGUAUAUGAAAAGUAGUGACGGAAAGGUGUAUGACUCUUUCACAAUAUCAAGGGACUACAGAGAUGUGUUGGCCUGUGUGCAUGAUGGUUGUGAGAAAACCACCUUAGCUACUUGAAAUGAGCCUGAAUCUGUACUCGUGGUAUGCUGCAAUAAUAUGUAUUCUCACAAUAAAUUUAAGUACACUCUGCCUGGUGUAGUAUAAGCUUUCAAACUAAUUACUAAAUCUGUCUUAUAUA